GCUGGAGGCAAACACCGAGCUCCCCCAGAGCCGCCCGGGAGCAGGGAGGGCACCGCUACCGCGAGGGGCCCUCCCCGCGGGGCAGAUGGAUAUCCCAUCCAUUCUGAGGAUUUAGCUACCGUUGGACACUGCCUUCCGAACCUACACACUCAGUCCAAACCUCUUUCCUGAUCUGCAGACCUGUCUCAUUCGCCACUGAAUUCAGUAUCCAGGUUCUCUGAGCCAUGUUUUGGGAUCACCCAAGCAUUCCAUCCUCCUGACUUUUCAUAAAUUACUGGAUUCAUAACCCACUCCAUACUUGAGAAGAUGGGGAUUGGAAUAAGGAACAUUUUAGUGGAUAAACCAAAUGACCAAUCUUCAAGGUGGUCUUCAGAGAGCAACUAUCCUCCCCAGUACUUGAUUCUGAAACUUGAAAGGCCUGCUAUAGUCCAGAACAUCACAUUUGGAAAAUAUGAGAAAACUCAUGUCUGCAAUUUGAAGAAAUUUAAAGUCUUUGGUGGAAUGAAUGAAGAAAAUAUGACAGAGCUAUUGUCCAGUGGCUUAAAGAAUGAUUAUAACAAAGAAACAUUCACCUUGAAGCAUAAAAUUGAUGAACAGAUGUUCCCUUGUCGAUUCAUUAAAAUAGUUCCACUCUUAUCCUGGGGACCCAGCUUUAACUUUAGCAUCUGGUACGUUGAACUUAGUGGCAUUGAUGAUCCCGAUGUAGUACAACCCUGUCUCAACUGGUAUAGCAAGUACCGUGAACAGGAAGCUAUUCGUCUUUGCCUAAAACACUUCAGACAACACAACUAUACAGAGGCCUUUGAAUCGCUACAAAAAAAAACCAAGAUUGCCCUGGAACAUCCCAUGUUAACAGAUCUACAUGAUAAACUGGUGUUGAAGGGUGAUUUUGAUGCUUGUGAAGAAUUGAUUGAAAAAGCUGUAAAUGAUGGUUUGUUCAAUCAGUACAUCAGUCAACAGGAAUAUAAGCCACGAUGGAGUCAAAUCAUUCCCAAAAGCACCAAAGGUGAUGGAGAAGAUAACCGACCAGGAAUGAGAGGGGGCCACCAGAUGGUUAUUGAUGUUCAAACAGAGACCGUUUAUUUGUUUGGUGGCUGGGAUGGAACACAAGAUCUUGCUGACUUCUGGGCGUACAGUGUGAAGGAGAACCAGUGGACAUGUAUCUCUAGAGACACUGAGAAAGAGAAUGGUCCUAGUGCCAGAUCAUGUCAUAAAAUGUGCAUUGACAUUCAAAGAAGGCAAAUCUACACAUUGGGGCGUUAUUUGGAUUCCUCCGUGAGGAACAGCAAAUCUCUGAAAAGUGACUUCUAUCGUUACGACAUUGACACAAACACAUGGAUGUUACUUAGUGAGGAUACUGCUGCUGAUGGAGGGCCGAAAUUGGUGUUUGAUCAUCAGAUGUGUAUGGACUCAGAAAAACAUAUGAUCUACACCUUUGGUGGUAGAAUUUUGACAUGUAAUGGCAGCGUAGACGACAGCAGAGCCAGUGAACCACAGUUCAGUGGGUUGUUUGCUUUCAACUGUCAAUGUCAAACUUGGAAACUUCUUCGAGAGGACUCCUGUAAUGCUGGGCCUGAGGACAUCCAGUCUCGGAUAGGACACUGCAUGCUAUUCCACUCAAAAAAUCGUUGCUUAUAUGUAUUUGGUGGCCAGCGAUCGAAGACCUAUUUGAAUGAUUUCUUUAGUUAUGAUGUGGACUCUGAUCAUGUAGACAUAAUAUCAGAUGGCACCAAGAAAGACUCUGGAAUGGUUCCAAUGACAGGAUUCACACAGAGAGCAACCAUUGAUCCAGAACUGAAUGAAAUACAUGUCUUAUCUGGACUCAGCAAAGAUAAAGAAAAGAGGGAGGAGAAUGUCAGAAAUUCAUUCUGGAUUUAUGACAUUGUGAGGAAUAGUUGGUCUUGCGUCUAUAAGAAUGAUCAAGCUGCAAAGGAUAAUCCAAGUAAAAGUCUUCAGGAGGAAGAACCAUGUCCAAGAUUUGCCCAUCAGCUUGUAUAUGAUGAGUUACACAAGGUUCAUUAUUUAUUUGGUGGGAAUCCAGGAAAAUCUUGCUCUCCAAAGAUGAGAUUAGAUGACUUCUGGUCACUGAAGUUAUGUAGGCCUUCAAAAGAUUACUUACUGAGGCACUGCAAGUACCUGAUAAGAAAACACAGGUUUGAAGAAAAGGCCCAAAUGGACCCCCUUAGUGCUCUGAAAUAUUUACAAAACGAUCUUUAUAUAACUGUGGAUCAUUCAGACCCAGAAGAGACAAAAGAGUUUCAGCUCCUAGCUUCAGCUCUAUUCAAAUCUGGUUCAGAUUUUACAGCUCUAGGCUUUUCUGACGUGGAUCACACCUAUGCUCAAAGAACUCAGCUCUUUGACACCUUAGUAAAUUUCUUUCCUGACAGCAUGACUCCCCCUAAAGGCAACCUGGUAGAUCUCAUCAUGCUGUAACUGGAGAGCCGCUGGACAGCAAUGCAGAACAGGAGUCUGCGUUCAGUAUUUUGGAGUGCAACUCUGUUGACCGACAAUUAGGCUGCCGUGAUCGAGGACUGCACCAGAAUUUUGAAGGGAUCUUUACUGUCACAAGUUUUAACCCUCUUCCUUCAUCCCCCACCUCAGCCCCUUUCUCCUCAUCCUGUUCCUGAAUUAGGUUAAUAAAGUGAAAUUGGUAUUAUUUCCAUUUAAAUAUAUAUAUUUUUUUCUUACUUUAACUUUUAAGAACGAAUGAAUAUAAAAGAAGAAAUAAUCAGGCAGUUUACCCUUUUCUGAUUUUUAUUUCAUUUUUAUAAAAUUGGGGCAAAUAAGCACUAUUAGCAGACUCAGUGCUAGAAAGAAGAAUGGGGUUUUGUUGUUGGCUGGUUUGGCCUCGCCCCUUUCUCCUCCUUUCCCAUUUCACUUUGCCUCACAUCACACAACUGCUUGUAAGUGGUGUCACUUGUUUACCUCUUCACUUCAUUCUUAAAAGUAUAUAGUUCUGUAGGGCAAAUGAUGUAUGUUAAAGUGAUAUAUGUGUCUCUGUUGACUAGAGUCUUGUAUUACAUUAAACAGUAGGAGGAACAGAGGGCUCAAAUUUAUGCUCCUUGUCAUAAAACUAAAAAAUGAAACCCAAGAUUGAUCCAGGUACUGAGAUUGGUAUAUAGUAUUUCUAUAAUGAUAUAUUUUGUAGUGGAUAUUACAAUAGCUUUGAGUCACAGAAACCUUAAACUGAGGAGAAUAUAGUUCAGAACCUUUAAGAGCCAAUAUAAACAUGACCAGCAAGAUGAUUCUAGUAGUGAUUAAUAUGUUCAUUGAUGUCUUUGUAGCAAAGUUUGGAAGAAGAUGACUCUUUGCUCUGUUAGAGCUGUGAUUCCAUUUCUCCUUUGUGCUCUUUGUAGCAUUUUCACUUGGGAGGGUGGGUUUCCAGAGCUAUGCUUCUGUUUCUUUCCAUAUACAUUAGCUCCCUGCAUCUGCUUCUGUAUACUGCUAUCUUAAAGAAUAAUGGUUUGUAGUUGUCCUAUGGAAUACAGCUGACAGGCAUUUCACAAAGCACACAGGCUUUGAAGUGAAGAAAAAGAAAAUAAUGGUGCAGGUGUUUUUUUCAUUAAAAGAAAGGCAGAUAGGCUUUCCCACUGUUCCAUUUUUUUUUUGUGGGGGAUGGAGGUAUAUAUCAUUCCAUGAGGUGCUGUGGGGUGCAGUAUAGGAAGCCCAAACCUGGCCAGUGCUUGCAUUUACUCAAAAAGUGUGCUGCAUGCAACUGACACCCACCAUGCCUAAAACAGACGAAGUAAAUAAAUGUCCAUCAGUCCAGUAGCUCUGAAAAGUGAAGGACUUUGGGGAAUUGAGUAUGUCCCUGAGUAGCAAGAUUAGGCUUCACCAAAGAGAAGACUUUGACUUGCACUUUUCUUGAAAAGUCUCAUGUAUGGGAAUGAGACUGAGAUCCCUCUUCACUCUGUCUUUAUUGCUUGGCUUCACUGCUUUUGGGAAUGGACAGAAAUCUAUUUUUCCUAGUUCCAGACUUGAAUCUUGGGCUCCUUAGCUUUCCAAGCAUCCCAAAGCUAUCCAUAGUGAUUUAUUAAACAAUUAGAUUUGUAUCUUACCUUGUGGAAGCUAUAGUAUGUAAUUCACUAAGUACCAAAUUGUGCAGCUACAGAAUAACCAAGUGAUUUUAUAGGUGAGCAAAUAGAAUCUACUUACAUUCUCGUACAGCUUCGUAAAAUGAUAGUCCCCUGACAGUCAAGAAAUAAAAUAGUAUCACUAAUACUGUAGCCUAUUGCAUCUUGUUUUGUGGAAACAAGUACAAAACAAAGAGUUGAUAGAGAAGAACUUUAUCGAUAGAGUUUCUAAAUUUAAAAGCUCUAGUUUGCUUGCCGUGAACUCUGGCACUUUAAACACACUAACCAAAUGAAAGUCUGCUGCCUCCACCUUUUGUUUCUACAGUGCUUUCUUUGUCACUGUUUUCAUGAGUUCCGUAGAUUCCAUAUUUGGAAGAAAUGCAGUUCUUGACCUCAGUGAUUUUGUUUUUGUUUUUCCCUGACUCUCUACUAUUGCUUUUUAACAUGAGCUUGUUUUAAUUUUAUCUUUCCUCACUUUAUUGAGAUGGAACUUUUGCCCUUUUCAUUUCUGAAAUUUUUUUCACUAACAUGUUUAAAUGGGGCUGAAUCAUAGUGAACCAUUCAGUGUUGCCUAAGUGAGAUACACUGUUGAGGAGGUUGUUGACUCGGUGGAGUUUGUGCCAUGGGGCUCUAAAGGAGCAUUGCUGGAAAUGAUUGCAGGAGAACGUAGGGCUUAAUCAUAACCAUGACCAACAUAACACAUUGCUCACAUUUCACACCAGAACCUGAUUUGAAACUUGUUUAUAUAUUUAGUGAGGAGCUACAUAUAUUUCCAAGAAUACCAGCGGUGUAUUAUAAUUUAACCUAGUUUAGUAUUUAGAUACAGUGUUUAGGUAGGCCAAAUUAUCUGUGCUUUAUUCCUUGAAAUGCUUUCAUUCUAGCUUAGUGAGUCCCAGUUGAAACACCUGGCUGGGAUGCUUUAGAUGCAUUCCGUAGUAGGGCACAGUUUUUACUCAGUUUCAUUAUCUCUUGCUUCAGCUUCAUUCCCAUUUCUCUCUUUCACAGGGGAAUGCAUUAUUCCAGAAAGUAAACUAGAUCUCUAACAUUAUUUUCAGCACUUGUACUUGAUGAGAAAUUAUCUGAUUUGAAAGAUACUUCUAAAAUGCAUUUGUAUGCUGUGGAAUAACAGAGACCUCAUGUGGCCAGUUUGACUAAUUCAAAUAAUCUAAAUCUCCUUCAAGCAAAGGAAUCCAGACUUGGGUGCCUGACUCAGUGCUCAAGCUGACAGUUUUAGCUUUUCACGAGAUUAUCUUUUCAGACCUGGUUUUCAUUGAUGCUAAAACUGACCUAUGUCUAAUAAGUAGAAACUGAUAGAAAACACUAGAAAGUUAAUUUACUGGGUUUAUCACAGAAAGGCUUGUUGGGUUUAGAGCACAGUGAUUUAAGAUUAUAAAAUUGCAUUCUUGGGUGAAAUAUGUAUUUUGAAUAUAAAUGGUUCCCAGCUUAUCCUUCCAGCGGAUCUCUUCACAUCUGCCUUAAAAGUGCUAUUUAGAGAUACAUUAACAGAAUUUCAUGUAAUAAAAAAGUUUGAAAAUCUAACCUACAAACAAAAACUGCAUUGAGAAUGAUGUUCAGUGAAUCCAAAAGCACGUAGGAACAUGUUCCUGAUUUUAUUCUCUGAAUUAUAUUCAGUUUCAUGGUUAUAACAUGAAGAAGUCAUAAUUAUUCUUAACACCAUAUGGAAUUCAUUUGGUAAUUAUGGGUCAUUUACUUAUUUCCUGAGUGAAUGUUAUGUUAACUCUUUAGGUGGUUGAAUGUUACCUGGCAGUUGGGAAUUAUGGUUUGAAGUGAUUUGUAUGGGAGGUGUGUACUCUAAACAAAGUCAUCUAGCUAUUAAAAGCAUAGCCUUCAUAACCCUUCUUUUCUUAAAAAUCCAUGAUCGUCUGCAGUUUCAUCCUUUUACAUAAAUUCUGGCCUGAGUUUUUACUAAGUUGCAAGUUCUUAAAAUUGUCCUUGAUCUGGGAUUGCAUGCUUCCUCAGAAAAAGUUUAUAGUUAUUGGAGAGUGUCCUAUAGGGUCUGCAUAUGACAAUACUUGUAGAUUAGAUCUUUGGGCUCUUUCACUCAAAGGUUUUUGUAUUUCUUAUUAGUCAAAUAACAUUAUUCUUCUGUGAUUUUUGACUGUAGCUUAUAUCUCCCUGUGAUUUGUAUCAAUGCUGAAAUGAUUUGACUAUCCAAAAUUUCUAGUGUAGAAGUAUUUCAGUUGAAGGUGGACGUUUCCAAGUUUGUUGAAACAGUUCAUUAGGAGCCAACUAGAUCAGCUGAUGAUGUUGCCAUUGUUUGUUUUGGCAGGAGGACUCAUUACAAUUUAUUGAUUUCUUCACCAGAUGCUUUUUUUCCUGGAAAAAAAUACGCUAUCUUAGAGAUUUUAUUUUACAUAAUUUCUUAACCUUGAUUUCCUCCUGCCGACCAAAUAGUGUGAAUUUUACAUCCAUUAUUUCCUUAGCUGACCUGACUUUAUUCUUGGCUUUUUCAGCCCUAGAUUCCCUAGGUUUUCUUUGGCAUUGCUUAUGAGUAUUGUACCACUUAAGAGAAAAGGUCAAAAUCAUUUUGAGGCAAACAUGUUCUUUUAUCCUUGUUUAUGACAACAGAAUAGUGAAAUUUAAAAUUGUCCGUUAUGAAAGAAUUAACAAUGUUGAGACAUUUUCAUUUGGAGGAUAGUAACAUGGCUCUUGGCGGCCUUAAUGGAGGAGCCAGCGUUGGCUUCGUUUCCUGACACUAGGAAGCAUAGUCCUAAAACUGAUGAUCACGUACAGGUUUCCUAGCAGAGCUCAUGGAAUUCAGCACAUCACCAGAUUUCCAUUUGCCUGUUGUCUUUUCUUUAUAUUUUUUAGCCUUUUUUCCCUCUAUUCCUACUAGCUCUGAGUAGCAUUGAUGUUCUGCUGAAGUUGGAAUCUGUGUUAAAAAUUGACUUUCAAUUUCUGAUGUAAUUGUUUAUUAGGAAUAGCUUUGAUUGCUAUGAAAUGAUUGGUAUUUGUUCAUUUUUAAAAUUAUCACUGAUAAUCCUGAAAUAAUUCACCUUCCUUUUUAUCUGCGGCUCAGACAGUUUCAAUGAACUAUUAAACAUUUGUGUGCAGCAUCCUAUUUUGCCUGUCUAUAUGGCAUUUUCACUUGGAGGAAUGGAACCCCAGGAACAGGGCUAGAGGAGAAUGCGGAUAUGUUAGAGAAAGGAAAAUAGGAGCUUUUUGCUCAUGGAUGAGAAGGUCCACAAAUCAAAAUGAAAAAGAAAGCUCUCCAUUUUGGACCCUAAAUUCAUUUUGCUAAUGCAGUGCUGUGAAGAUGACUCUCAAAAGGAAUCACAGCUCAUUCUGUGUCGUCUUUGGAAAGCAGCAUUCCUGGUUAGUUUCUUUUCUCAUCUUCUCCCAAAGAGCUGUUAGAGGUCUUGGAACGGAAAACCCACUGUGAUCGGCUCAAGAUUUUAAACUAGCUGAGCAGUUUCUUGAGAAGGAUCCAGUGGGAAAACCAGCAAUAAAACAUUCUGACAUGCAGUUUUGGGGCUCCCAUGGGACUUGCUUUUUCAUCAAGUUGAAGCUCUUGCCACAGCACAAGCUCUGUACCAUCUGGGAUGCUAGCAUUCACAGCACUUAGUGUGGUUAUCUGAGCUGUCUGCCACACCAAUACCAGCCUGAAGAGAUCAUCAUUCUUCAGUUUCACCCAGUGCUUAAUGACUGCCAGAUUAAUUGGCAGGAAGGAAAAGUACUAUGUGAUACACUGAACAGGCCUGUGUGCAUGAUUAUGGAGUUGCUCAAGUAGCCGGUUUUGAGCUUUAUUUCUCUCUUUUGCUAACAAAUCUCAAGAAAGAAAGCCUUUGUUACAGCUUAGCCAGUGUCAUUUGGUUGGGGUUUAUUUUCUAGCCUUUUAAAAUAGGAAGAAAAUUGUCAUUUCAUGUUUAACUUACAACCCAUACAGAAUUACACUGGCAUCAAUUGUUUUCUGUACUUUAAUUAUGCACAAUCCCAUGGGUCACUGUUUAUCUACUUUGCCAAGAAAUCCAUGAGUUCUGGCAUUAGAAGUAUUUAAUAAUUUUGGAGGUGCCUGGGUGGCUCAGUCAGUUGAGCUUAGGUCUUGAUCUUGGGGUUGUGAGUUCAAGCCCCACGUUGGGCUCCAUGCUGGGCCUGGAGCCUACUUUAAAAAAAAAAAAAAGUAUGGAAUGCCUGGGUGGCUCAGUAGGUUAAAACUUCUGCCUUUGGCUCAGGUCAUGAUCCCAGAGUCCUGGGAUCAUGCAUUGGGCUCCUUGCUCAGCGGGGAGCCUGCUUCUCCCUCUGCCUGCCACUCCCCCUGUUUGUGCUCUCUCUCUGACAGAUAAAUAAAAUCUUUUCUUUUUAGGGGCGCCUGGGUGGCUCAGUCAUUAAGCGUCUGCCUUCGGCUCAGGUCAUGAUCCCAGGGUCCUGGGAUUGAGCCCCACAUCAUCAGGCUCCCUGCUCAGCGGGAAGCCUGCUUCUCCCUCUCCCACUCCCCCUGCUUGUGUUCCCGCUCUUGCUGUGUCUCUCUCUGUCAAAUAAAUAAAAUCUUUCAAAAUUUUUUAAUUUAAUUUAAAAAGUAUUUAAUAAAUUUGGUUUAUUCUAUAGGUCUCCUUCAUGUCUGGAAAGUGAUUUAAUUAGAGAAGGUAUCUAGAAUAAGUCCAAUUCCAUUGCAGCUGGCAGAGCUUUAUAAAUUCCUUUUGCAACAAAGAGAGGAUCUUACACCAUCAGGGCCGUGCCAUUAGAUGUCUGCUAGUGACCGUUUUAGCGUCUUGCCUUGUAGUUGCUGUGUUUACCUUCUUGUGAUGAAAGGGGAGGAAGCUGAGGACAGAGAUGCAUGGCUUUACCUUUUUUCAGUUGCCUACGUUGGAAGUCCUAGGAUACUCCACCUUUGUAAAGGCUUAGCUCAAUGUUACAUAUACACACUAGCUUUACUUUCGAGAGCACCGAAUAUAAACUGUUAAGACAUACUUAAAGUAAGUGUCUACCUGACCUCAAAUCUGAUAGCAGGAUAUCAAACUCCAAAAUUUAAAUAUGAAUACUCUUCUGUGGGGAAGAUACAUGUUUUUAAAAGUUUUAUACACUUGGUCUCCUUUUGAGAUUUUUUUUUUUCCUCUCCCAGAAAAAAUGAUUUUGGUGACUGACCAGUUGUAAACUGUUUUCUCCUUCAAUUGUAAACUACCCAUUUAGAGAAAUUAAAGUGGACUUCCUUUCUUUAUGCAUCACAUUUAGCCUGGCCAAGAGAUGCUGUAAUUUUGUUAUUCUUUAAGCCACCUUGCUUUUUUGACUUGUGCAAAAUGUCUUUUGAAAUGAAUAAAUUAUGUGGUAUAGUAUUAAUUUUCCUUUAUGUAUAGCCUGCAGCUCAAUUGCAAAAUUGCAAAAUAAUGUGAUAUUUUCCUAUGAGCAAAUUUCCUUUAUGGAUAUAUAUAUAUAUAUAUAUAUAUAAUCUGUUUUUAAAGAGAUUCCUUCCCUGUCACCACUUCAAACUCUAUGUACAGUUGAGUCUGCAGCCUCAGAAAAAGAGUAUGGGAUAGCUAAGAUAAGGACCUUUUUGUCUUGGUCUUAGUAACAAACAUUAUUCCAUCUUUCAAAAAUGCCAUAUUUAUACCUAAGCAGCUUGGGAAAGAUGUUACCGUUUUUUUUAAGUCAACUCUUUUACUUCUUUUGUAAAGUAGUAUUCAGUGGCCAGAAAUUAAGAUCCCUUCAAAUUAGAGAUAGAUCCUCAAAACUGAAGUUGGACUGGAAAUUAGAUUGGGAAGAAAGAUACAGCUCCAUCCAUACCCAAGAGUCUAUCUUGCCGGGUUUGCUUAUUAACACUGUGGACAGCUUCUUCUCUUUGUUAGACUGGAAACAUAGUGUUACCGCCGCUGGCUCAUCUGAAAGUUGGAGAGUGUUAAAUUUCUUUUAUGGGACUUUUAAUAAUAACACUUAUUGUUGUUUGUGAUAUAAAAAAUGUUUAUCAUAGAAAUUUAGGAAAUUACUAAGUGUAAAGAAGGAAAACCACUAUUAAUUUACUGAUGAGACUUACUCAUUUUGUUUUUCCUGACUUUCUUCUGUUACCCCACAUCGUAAAGCCCAGAAAAAGUUUAAAAAAAAAAAAAAAUGGACGCAGUCAUUGUGUUUUACUACAAGUAAGGAAGAGCAAGAUGUGAGCGUGCGUCCCUGCCCUUUCUUAGAUCCCUUUAAGCACUGCCCCUUCCCAGACUGACAGUCUGAAAAUAAUUUUCUUGAUAUGUAUCUUUUAAGCCUGAACUGUGGGUAUAAAGUAUUGCUAUAGGGAGCUGCCUUGUUCAGCUUCCUGGAAAUAUCAUCUCUAAAACUCAUUUGAAUGUUUAAGCCCUUUAUGCACCAUUUAUGCAGCUUUUUAUGAUGUUUGAAGCAUAUUCAUACCGAUGAACAGCUUUCUGUUUCAGUGGACUUUUUAAUAUGACCAUAAGUAAACCCACACCCAAAGAGAAUGAGGUACUUUUUUUCAAAGGCCAAACGAAAAGCAGAGAAAAACAAAGCAAAAACAAAACAGAUGCACAUAAAUGUAAAUAAGGAAUCCUGUAAACAAGAGUUCCCUUACCAUGCUUGAACACCUGUCUCUCCAAAAAAAUAUAUUUCUCUGCUCACCAGCUAAGAUUCAGUUGUGUUCAUAUGAGACUCCUUUUCUUAGUGUGUAAAGCAGAAAACUGCAACCUUUCAAGGUUCUGCUCUUUCCUUUUACCCUCCUCUUCUGUGGCAACAUGGCUUAGGGCUGUACCCUAAAGGACCUAAAUCAGAAAUGGAAAUCCUGAGGGAACUCUGGAAUAACAGGCGUGAGCUAGUUGGAACUUUUAAACAGAAAUGCUUUUGGGGCAUCAGCUCUCUUCUCACAUGAUUGGUGUUCCGGGUCAUUGUUGGACUGUGUUGGGUGUGUUCUGCAAUCUUCCCCACUCCCCUCAUGAUCCUCUCUGGUUUAUCUUAUUUUUGCCCAGUCUGUAUGGACUUUUUAGGUUUUUCCUUUUCUUUCUUUUUCUCUUUUUUUUUAGUACAAGUAAUUUUCUGAUCCCAGGUUUGGUGAAUGUGUUAACACUGCUUUGUGAAUAAAUAAACGAGUGAUCUGCUGAACGAUUGCAAUUGUAGAAUUAUGUUGUAUGUAAUGUACAUAUGGAGAAAGAAUGUAUUUUGUUCAUUUUCUUAAUAAAAAGUUAUAUAUGUA